CGUCACCGUGUUGUUGCGGAAGUGCCGCCGGGAAACGCUGGUGAUUAUCUACCAACAGUCUCUGACAGUUGCUUUCAUUUCCGGAGUAGAUAUUCCUCAUUGUUUUUUUUGUGUUUGUAGCCCAGUCGUUUACUUAAAAAACGUAAGUUAUGGCAGCUCUAACAUACGCAGGUAUGGACGAUACAGACAGUGAGGAUGAGCUACCUCCCGGAUGGGAAGAGAGAUCUACCAAAGAUGGUUGGGUCUACUAUGCAAGCCAUGAUGAGAUGAAGACACAGUGGGAACACCCCAAGACAGGAAAGAAAAAACGUUGUGCUGGAGAUUUACCGUAUGGUUGGGAGCAAGAAACUGAUGAAAAAGGACAGGUGAUUUAUGUUGAUCACAUAAACAAGCGGACCACAUAUUUUGACCCUCGUCAGGCAUUUACAGUAGAGGACGUGGUGGUGAAGCCAAAGCGGUACGAUGGAAACACUGCUGCUCUAGAGAUCCUGCGGUUGCGAGGAAGGGGUUUUUGGGGUCCCGUAAUAAUUUUGGGAGGAGAGAAGGGGGUGGGCUUUGAGACAGCCAGGUCUUUUGCUCUUCACGGCGCCCACGUGAUCCUGGCAUGUCGAAACCUGUCCCGGGCCAUCAAGGCAGUUAACCUCAUUCAGCAGGAGUGGCACAAAGCAAGAGUAGAAGCCAUGAUGUGCGACCUGGCCUCUCUCCGCAGUGUCAGGGAGUUUGCUGAAUCUUACAAGGCCAAAAAACUGCCCCUUCACAUUCUGGUGUGUAAUGCAGCUGUGUGCACUCAGCCCUGGAGCUUGACGGAGGACGGCCUGGAGUCCACCUUCCAGAUCUGCCAUCUAGGUCACUUCCUGCUUGUCCAGUGCCUACAGGACGUGCUGCGUCGCUCGGCCCCCGCCCGUGUUGUGGUGGUGUCUUCUGAGUCCCACAGGUUCACAGACCUGUUAGACUCAUGUGCCAAGGUGGACUUGGCCCUGCUGUCUCCCACAAAGAAGGAGUACUGGUCAAUGCUGGCUUACAAUCGAGCCAAACUCUGCAACAUCCUCUUCAGCAAGGAGCUCAACCGCCGCCUUUCGCCGCACGGUGUCACCUCCAACGCGGUGCAUCCUGGGAACAUGAUGUACACAUCCAUUCACCGGAGCUGGUGGCUGAUGACCUUUCUCUUCUCUCUGGCUAGGCCUUUCACCAAGUCUAUGCAACAAGGGGCGGCCACUACGGUGUACUGUGCCGUAGCGCCGGAGCUGGAAGGGUUAGGCGGCAUGUACUUCAACAACUGCUUCCGCUGCCUGCCGUCCAUCCAGGCCCAGGACCAGAGCAGCGCUGAAAGCCUGUGGGAGCUGAGCGAGCGCCUGGUUGCAGAGAGGUCAGCAGGCAUACAAGCCCUCUGAUGGACCAACGAGGAGGUGGAGAAGGUGGACUGGCCCAACAGGAAGGAUGUUGGGUCACUGUCAUGUCCAGUUAGGUAUGAACGUAAUAAAAGUUAACUGUACUGCACGAUACAAGAGAGCUGCCAAACCACAGAAGUCCAUCUGGCUAUGUCACGUCACUACGGGGGCUAAAUUACACUACAUAAACAGUACAGGAGGGGUUUUUAUAUACACUACUGAAUAAAUUAAAGUUUAAGUUGUCUUCAGCUCUGCUGUGGUAGUUUACAAUGGGAGGUGCGGGACCGGAGAAGAUUUGGGAGGAUUUCAGGGAUCUCUUAAAGUUGUUUUUUUUUCUCUGUUUGUCUCAGUAGCUUUUUUUUUUUACGUUUUCAAGUCUUCAUUUCACAACUAUUUAAAAGAGCAAAGUUCAAAAAAGCAAAUGACCUGUCUUGCUAAUAAUACAAGGUUACCUAAUAAGCAUACAUUCUAUGGCAUAUGCAUCCGUUUCCAGCAAAAUUGCACUAUAUGGCAAAUAUUGUGUCUUUCUUUCCAGUUGGCAAAUAUUGUGUCUUUUGUUCCAAUUAAAUUCAGUAUCCUCUUGUCUAGUUCUACGUGGAUGUUGAUGUUUCCUAUUGAGAUACAGAGAGCGUUGGUUAAAUCUUUUUGGGCUCAAAUAAAAUAAGGAGUAAUGGGCAUGUGACACUCAUGGAUAUAUAAACACACUAGAGGUAUGAUUCUUAUGGCUAUAUACAAUAUUCUGCAAUAAUUUUAUUUCUUAUCAAUGUCCCUAUUUGUUUUUUCUGUACAGUAUUUACAAUAUCCUGAUUUCUGGGCAUGUGCUAAAGGGGUGUGGACAUCAUUUUUCUUUUCUCUUAGUUAUUUGACUCAACCUACGUAUUAAUAAUUUAUACUCUGGUAAAUCUAAAUUACAAUUUGGAGGUAUUUUAAGGGAUGAUUCGUGUCCUUUUGAAUAGCAAAAACAGACGGUGGAGAAUUGUUUUUUUCCAGAGUCCAGGAUCUUUAAUUUCUGUGUUUCUUCCCUUGUUGUUGUUGUUGUUGUAGUAGAAGAAUUUGAAAGUGAUUUCAGUCUCUUGUUUAUAUUUUGUAUCAUCAUUGUUGUAUUAUUGAAUUCUGACUUUGGGUUUUCUGUGGAUUGGUUGCCGUGAAGCCGCUGUCGGGACGCUUUUGAGACAUUGUGCUUUAUGGCAGUCUGGGUGCCAGAGGUUGCUCUUGGAACAUCAGCAUUCCAGAGUCAUGAUAUCUGUAAGAAAAACAAAUGAGAAAGAACAUUUAAUAAAAAUCUGUUUUACAGUAA